UAAAUUAAAAUUGAAAUUUCAAGUAAACUUUCCAAAGUCAAUGUGGAACAAAAAUCACGCAUGAACAUUAAAUCCCUAAUUUGAUCCUCUCCUUUGUCUUGAAUCCAAAGCAUUUCUUGAUGGCUUUUCAUCAUAGAAAAUUUUUGUUAGUAGAUAAAAAGCCUGAGGAUGAAAAGAAAUUUGCAAGUUGUGACACUUGUUAUGAUUGCCCUGUUCAAUGCAAUGAAAACUACAUUUCACCACCGCCGCCGCCUUUGUUGCCGCCUCCUCCGCCUCCGGCUAGCCAGAAUCAUCGACUUUCAACCAUUUUGAUCCUCACCUGUGUUCUUGGUGCUGCUUUUAUGGUUAUUUCUUAUCUUUCUAUAAAGAAGUACCGGUCAAGGUUGAGGAAUUCCAGACCAUUGGAGAAUAGUGCCACAGAGGAUUUUAUCGAUGAAAAUCAAGGGCCUGUGGUGGAUCAUCCUAUAUGGUACAUACGUACGGUAGGCCUAAAUCGGUCGAUAAUCGAAUCUAUAGCGAUUUUUAAGUACAAAAGUGGUGAAGGUUUGAUAGAAGGGACUGAUUGUUCUGUUUGCUUAAGUAGAUUUCAAGAAAAUGAGAGUCUUAGGCUGUUGCCUAAGUGUAGCCAUGCUUUUCAUGUCCCGUGUAUCGAUACCUGGUUAAGGUCGAACAAACAUUGUCCCCUUUGUCGUGCUCCGAUAGUCAGCAAUACGAACACUGCAGAUCAGGCGACUGCAGUGGACUUGAAUUCGAGUAAUUUGGGUUCACGAGAGGAAGAACAAACAAAUAGUCGAUUGGAAGAACGUGAAGUGGUAACCGAUUUAACUGGUGAAUCGAGAAUUGGGGCUGAAAAUAUUGGCGUAGUAUCAGUUGAAAUGUUGGGGAAAAAUUGUGUUGGUCUCGAUGCUAGGAGGGGUAAGAAUCGAGUGCUAAGUGAUUUGGCUGAUCAUCAUGCAAAAGUGGAUGGGGCGUCACAACAAACAGAAAGGAGAUCGAUUUCUAUGGAUUUUUCAUCUACUUCGAUGAUCUGCAAUGCUGGUGAAGUUCGUGUAAAAAGAGAGGAACAAAAUUCUGAUGCAAUUGCAAAUAUAGGAAAAGGGAACUCAAGCAUCUACAGGCUAAUAAAGAGCCGUUCAUAUGGAUGUUCCAUUCAAAAAAUGUCGAUUUCAAUGAAGAGGUCCUUUUCAUUUAAUAUGGACAGUACAAACAAUUGAGUUUUCUGAAUUGUUGCAGCUAAUUACUGAACGUUGCUUCAUCAGGUUUUGUGGUGGCAUGUAAGUAAAAUGUGAAUAUAAUUUGCUUAUCUUCCAGUA